UGGCCGGGGCUGUCUGUGGUGCCCACCAAGGCAGACUCCACCCUGCCAGUGGGCCCAAGACCAAGGGGGGAGUGCUGUGAGCACGUCUCGGUGUUUCUGUGUGUGUGUUACUGGAAGUGACGUGUCUCAAAGUAUUUGCCACCAGAAUUAGAAUUGCUCCUAGGAUAACCUUUGUCCGAGGUUUGGCGUUUGUGUUUCCUGACAUGUGUGUCUGGGCAUGGCGUCACACGUGGAAGGUUUUGAGCGUGCUGCCUGGGUCUGGCCCCUUGUAGCCUGCUUGUCUGUGCCUCAGUUUCCAGCGUGCAGUGGGGUACUCACAGCGCAAGUCAGUCCGUGUGUGUGAUUGCCCAGGACGGUGCCUGGCACAUAGUCUCUCAGUCAGGCCAGUUUUUAUUGCUACUUUUUGUUUAUUUUAGAAUUUCAUGUUAAUUUGAAGAAUUUUUACAGUUUAUUUUUUGUUUUUUCGCGGAAACAGCAGGUACAGGGUUGAUUCUGAUUUUUAACGGCCGGGUAGUGCCCCUGGCUUAGGUUUACUAUAGUUCCUCACCUGACGGUCCCGCCCACUGUUCCUGGGUUUUAGUCCUGCUGGUGCUGCAGUGGCCGUCCUCACACGUGUUGGGGCUCACCGUCCCCUGCCAGUGACGAGGGCACACGAGCCCGUUCUGAGCCUUGAGUUCCAUAGAAAUAUUUAUUGUGGGAAGUGGACAGUAUUUAGCUUUUCAUACUUUCCCACUCAAGAUAUAUUUCCAGAUGUUUGUUUUCUUUGUUUUAAGUUGUGGAACGUGCACAUGCUGGACAUAGUCCCACAUCAGGGUGGUCUCCUGCUGGCCCAAGGACCAGAGCGAAGAGGAGAGGUGGGGUGAGGCCAGCAAUGGUGAGGAUGACCCCAAGGAAAAGACCCUUCCUGAAGACCCAGAGACCUGCCUGCAGUUGAACAUGGUCUACCAGGAGAUCAUCCAGGAGAGGCUGGUAGAGGUCAGCCUCCUCCUGGCCCAGAACCAGGAGCAGCAGGAGGAGAUCAUGUGUGACCUGGCAGGAUCCAAAGCCUCCAAGGUGAAGGACGGCAAGAGCUUGCCUCCGAAUCUGUACAUAGGGCACUUCAUGAAGCCCUACUUCAAGGACAGGGUGACCGGAGUGGGGCCUCCUGCCAAUGAAGAGACGCGGGAGAAGGCUGCCCAGGGCAUCAAGGCUUUCGAGGAGCUCCUGGUGACUAAGUGGAAAAACUGGGAAAAGGCCUUGCUCCGAAGAUCAGUGGUGAGCGACCGCUUGCAGCGCCUGCUUCAGCCCAAGUUACUGAAGCUUGAGUACUUGCACCAGAAACGGAGUAGGGUGACGAGCGAGGCAGAGAGGCAGGUCCUGGAGAAGCAGAGCAGGGAGGCAGAGAGGGAAGUCCAGGACAUUCGGCAACUCCCAGAGGAGGCCUUGCUGGGGAACAGGCUGGACAGCCACGACUGGGAGAAGAUUUCUAACGUUAACUUUGAGGGUGGCCGUAGUGCGGAGGAGAUCCGGAAGUUCUGGCAGAACUGCGAGCACCCGAGCAUCAACAAGCAGGAGUGGAGCGGGCAGGAGGUAGACCAGCUGAAGGCCCUUGCAGCCAAGCAUGGCCAUCUGCAGUGGCAGAAGAUUGCCAAGGAGCUGGGGACCAACCGCAGCGCCUUCCAGUGCCUGCAGAAGUACCAGCAGCACAACAAGGCUCUGAAGCGCAAGGAGUGGACGCGGGAGGAGGACCGCCUGCUCACCCAGCUCGUCCAGGAGAUGCGCGUCGGCAGCCACAUCCCUUACCGGAGAAUUGUCUAUUACAUGGAAGGGAGAGACUCCAUGCAGCUCAUCUAUCGGUGGACCAAGAGCUUGGACCCCAGCCUGAAGAAGGGGUUCUGGGCCCCAGAGGAAGACGCGAAGUUGCUUCGAGCAGUUGCCAAAUACGGGGAGCAGGAUUGGUUUAAAAUCCGGGAAGAGGUGCCAGGUAGGAGCGAUGCCCAGUGCCGAGAUCGGCAACUUCAGAAUGCUGUGACCACCCCCCAGAGAAACGCCGUUUCCCAACAACAACAAACAACUGAGGGAAGGGACGAGGGCUCGAAUAGACCCUUCUCCAGAGAGCGCACGAGACUCGGCCUGGUGUCGUCAGUCGUUGCAGAAACACGGGGAGAGCGGCCGCGGGACGCCACCUCGCGCAUCGGGAUGGUGGUUUUAAGGCCGCACGAAAGGGCAGGUGCAGCCGAGGGUGCGGAGCGUGCGUGGUGUGGGUGCCACGGACGAGCUGCGGCGCUUCCUUGGGCAGUUAGCUGUGGAACCGCAGUGUUGCCGGCGAACUGCUGCCCGCCCGCCCGCGGGAACCGGGAGCCGGGCCUCACACGGGCACCUACGCACGCGUGGUCACAGCCACAGGGGUCACGGUGGCCGCGCGGCAGGAGCCGACCAUGUCAGUGGAGGAAGAGGUACCUCAGACGACUGCACUUCAGCUUGAAAAAGGGACGAUGGAACGCAAGUGAAGAGGGGAAGCUGCUUGAGCUGAUCGAGAAGUACGGUGUUGGUCACUGGGCAAAAAUAGCUUCUGAACUACCCCAUCGGACGGGCUCCCAGUGUCUGAGCAAGUGGAAGAUCAUGGUCAGGAAGAAGCAGAGUCGGGGGAGGAGGCGGCGGCGGCCCCUUGGCAGCGUGCGGUGGAGCUCCAGCAGUGGGGACGACAGCAGCGCGGACGGCAGCAGCGGGGACGGCAGCAGCGGGGACAGCGAGGACUCGGAGCCAGAGGAAGCCCCAGAGGCCGGGGCAGGGGGCCAGGCGCUGCCGUCAGCACAGCACACCGUGCCGGACAUGGACCUGUGGGUGCCUGCCAGGCAGAGCGCCAGUGAGCUGUGCGGAGGGGGAGCCCGGGGCUGGCCAGGACGCCGUGCCUGCCCUCCCAGGGCCUCCAGCGAGCCUCAGGCCAGCAGAGCUGCUCGCCCCACAGCCUCGGGUCCCGCAGAGGAGGCGGGCCAGGCACACACUCCCUCCGGGACCCACGGCACCAGCGUGAGAGGCAUCGGGCACCCAGGCUCGGCGGACACGCACCUCUCGAGCUCAGAGGAGCCGGCAGACGAGAGUGGGAGUCAUCUGCUGAAGGUGCCACUGGAGAGCGUGCUGCAGGUGCUCAGGACCAACACAGCCCGCCGGCGCCAGGCUCUGAAGGAGAAACUGAGGCAGCCGUGCCCGCUCAGCCCGUCCCUGGGGGCCAGCCCCAGUGACAGCGGUGUGGCUGGGCCCCGUGUACGGCGGCUGUGGCACAGGACGGUCGGGAACAGGCAGCGGUGGCGGGGACACGCCCUGCAGAGGAGGCUCGUUGAGCGCCAGCUUCUGGUGGCCAUGAGCCCGUGGGUGGGCGAUGUUGUCCUGCCCUGCACCCGCCGGAGGCCUGCCGCCGUGCACACCCGAGCCGAUGGCAUCGGGAAGCAGCUGCGAGACGCCCAGCUGGCCAGCACUCCCGUGUUCACCAUCUUUAUCCAGCUGUUCCAGAUUGACACUGCUGGGUGCAUGGAGGUCGUUCGAGAGAGGAAGGCCCAGACCCCUGCCCUGCUCCAGGCUGGCACUCGGGACCCAGUGCCUGGGCUCCUACAGAUGUCUUCGUCGCAGAACCCUACAGGCCGCAGCUCCAGGAAUCCGCCAGCGCGAGAAGCUGCAAAGCAGAGCACCGGCCACAAAGGGAGCAGGGGUUUACAGCCCUGCCAAGCCGAGUCCAGUCCACCAGCGCCCCCGCCAGCUCCGUGUGGCCCCCGGCCCAAGCCCAAGACCGUCUCCGAGCUGCUCCGGGAGAAGCGGCUUCGGGAGGCCCGGGCCAGGAAGGCCACCGCCCCAGGCACCGUGACUCUCCCACCACAGCUGCUGCUGUCCUCGCCACUGAUCCUCCAGCCCCGUCUACCGCAGGCCCCGCCCACCUCCGAGGCCCCGGGCCUGGCUGCCACAGACACGGCGCUCUCUGGGCCUGGGAUCCCUGCAGCAGUGGGGCUGAGUACUUCAGGCGAGAACGAGAGACCCUCCACCCUGCCAGUCUUGGACCGCACCCUGGCCUCCACAGAGGCUGCCCCUGCUGCCUCCAGAGCUCCAGUUCCCAGCCGGGUCCUUGUGAGUGGCCAUCAGGGUGGCCUGGGACAGUCUCAGGCCCCAGCCGCGUCCCGGAAGCAGGGCCUGCCUGAGGCACCACUCUUUCUCCCGGCAGCCCCCAGCCCCAUUCAGCUGCCUCUCCAGCCCCUCAGCCUGCCACCAGCUCUGGGCACCCUCAAGGGUGGGCCUCACGUGGCGGCCAGCACACCUCUGCCUGUCACCUGGGUGCUCACAGCCCAGGGGCUGCUCCCUGUGCCAGCCGUGGUGGGCCUUCCUGGAGCGGCAGGGACCUCUGGUCCCAAGGGACUGUCUGUGACUCUGCCGUCCUCCCUGCCUGGGAUGCAGGUAGGCCAGGGCCCCAGGCCCCCUGGGCUGAGCCACCCCUGGCAGCCCCCGGCCAACGUGGACACAGACUCAGAUUCUCUCUCCAGGACAGACCUCUCGACCCUUCCGAUGCUUUGCCAAUCCCAAAGUUCUGUGGAAGUGGGCAGUGACGUGGCCUGUGCCCCUGGGGGACCUUUCCCCGGAGAGGCCCAAGUGGCCAGGGAAAUAGCUGUGCCCAGGAUACCCUCCCAGGCCACACUUCUGGCUGACCAUCCUGAGGCAAAACCCCCGUGGUCCAGCCAGCCCCCUCUGCAAGCUGGCACUAGCCCUGGGAGUGGCCCAGGAGGGACACUGGGGUACCCGGGGCCAGAGGGACUCACGGGACCUCUGGGCCUAGAGAGGCCACCCCGGCCUGGGCCUGAGAGGGGUGCCCUGGACCUGGACCUCCUGUCCCAGGAGAGUGAGGCAGCCGUGUGGGAUUGGCUGAGGGGACAACAGGGGGUGUGCGUGCCCCCGCUAGGGAGCAGGCUGCCCUACCAGCCCCCAGCCUUGUGCAGCCUGCGGGCCCUGUCUGGACUCCUGCUACACAAGAAGGCCUUGGAGCGGAGAGCCACCUCCCUCGUGCCCAGUGGGGCAGCCGGAGGCCUGCAGGCCUCGCUGGGACAGGUGCAGAGGCAGCUCCAGGACAGCCCGGCCUACCUGCUGCUGAAGGCGCGGUUCCUGGCAGCCUUCACCCUCCCCGCACUCCUGGCCACCCUGUCUCCCCACGGCGUCCCCACCACCCUGUCGGUGGCCACAAGGGCCGAGCCGGAGAGCGAGGAUGACCUGGGGGAGUUGGAGCUCACUGAUGGCUGCUCCCCAAGUGGUCCUCGGGCGGGGCCGGUAGCCACCAUCCCCAUUCAGGGAGCCCCAGACCCUGAGCAGGGUUCUGACUUUUCCUGCCUGGAUGGUCCUGACAACCUUGAUGUGCUGAAAACCAGGCACGCCUGGCACGCCCGGAAGAGGAGGCGGCUGGUGUGAGCGCAGGGAGGCAGGAGCCGUGCUGGACCCUGGUGAGCCCACCUGCCCGGAGAGCCCCUCACCGACCCUUCCGGAGAAAGCCAAAGCAGCUGGAGAUUGGGGAGGCUCCGCUAGCAGGGACCGUGAGGCCAGAGGGGCUUGGCUGGUCCUCAGGCACAAAUUGGGAUGUUUGAAGGAAUAAAGGAAUGGUUUAUUUUUUUUAUUAAAAAGCAA